UGGGCAAGUCGAGCUUGCGGCCGGGGCCGCGGGACGCGGCGGGGCGGCUGGCGACGGCGGUGGGGACGGAGGCGCAGUAGGGUCGAGUCUAUGGAUCGAGCGAGGGGGCUCAGUCGACGGCGGGAGUCGCGGCGAGCGCGGCAAGACAAAGGCAGACGAAGCGGCCUCGUCGGCGAGGCGCCGCUCGCAGUGCUCGACUCGGGCGCCGAGAGGCCCGCGGAGAUGCGGCGGGCUCGAGCUGCGGGCAGGCGGCCACCCGCGGGCGCCGCGCUCCCCGACGAGACGCGAGCGACGAGGCCACGGCGCGCAGGCGGCGCCAGCCCGACGCCCAGGAGCUUCGGCGGCCGAGAGCGUCGCCGCGCAGCAGCCGGCCCAGCCUCCCGCUCCGACGCGCGUUUCUAGACGCUCACGCGAGCGUUGCGAGAUCGCGCCUCGCACGUGAUCAGCGUACCACGCGAGCGCCCCGUCGCUCUCUCGAUUCCACAGGCCCGACCAGCCUAAGAGGCGCAGCCCAGCGGACGCGACAGGUCCGACGAUGACCGAGGGCGGCGGCGGCGGCGGCGGCGGCGGCGGCCGCGGCCAGAAGGCCUGCGGCGACAACCAGCUGACGCUCAACCAGAUGGACGUGAACGAGUGCCUGGGCAGCUGGCUGGCGUACCUGCAGAUGCUGAACGGGCUGUGCUCGGCCGGCACCAAGCUGGCCCUGUCGCUGCAGGCGCUGCUGUCGGGUCACGAGAGCGGCGCCCCGGCGGCGCCCUGCCGCGUGACCAGCCAGUGCCUGGCCGGCUGGGAGGAGCUGACGCGCGCCACCAACGUGGCCAGCCACACGGUGAGGAAGCACGUGGUCACCGCCAUGAAGGACUACGAGGUGCUGGACAGCGACGGCGACAAGGCGGACAUCCUGCGCGACAACCUGCUGACCUUCAUCAACCUGCAGUACCAGUUCUGCGUGGCGUGCUGCAAGUGCCUGGGGAGCAUGGCCGAGUGCUCGUGCACGCAGGACGGCAGCGAGUGCGACAUCGCCGCGCUGCAGCAGUGCUUCGAGCGGCUGUACAGCUCGCCGCCGGCCGCGGCCUCGGCCUCGGCGCAGCCCGGCCAGCGCUCGCCGCUGCCGCCCUCGCUGUUCCCGCUGCAGGUGCGGCGGCGCUGGUCCGAGACGGCGGCCACCUCGGCGGACAUGGCGGGCGGCGAGGCCGCCGAGCAGGCGGUGCGCCGCUGGUCCAUGCCCUGGGACUGCCGCCACGUGAGCGAGUGGCCGCCGCGGCAGGCGGAGCCGGGCGGCGCGGCGCGCGCGCGCCUGCGGGUGCCCGCGGCCGAGCGCAGCCGGUCCGCCACGCCGGACGCGCGCUGGCGCGCCGCCAUGAGCAGCCAGGACGGGCUGCGCGAGGCCAUCCAGCUGCUGUCCUGCCGGCCGGGCGUGCGCGUCUACGGCGGCCACGUGCCCGGCGUCACGCUCACGCCCUGCGGCCUCGACGCCGGCCCGGCCUGGCCCGACUCGGCCGCGGGCGCCGCCGCCGCCGCCGCCGCCGCCGCGCGCGCCUGGCCCCACCGCGACUCCCACUCCAGCGACCACUCGGACCACUCGACCUCGCACUCGACCCACUCGGGCCUCUCGGGCCCGCGCGACUCCGAGCUCAGCGCCGGCAGCGGCAGUGCCCACGGCGACAGCAAGGACAGCGUCCACUCGCACAGCGACUACGGCGGCCGCGGGGAGUCCGACGCCGGCGCGCUCGAGCUGCUCUCUUCGCGCAAGAACAGCUCCUCCACGGACUCCUGCGUCUCCGCGCACAGCCGGUCGGGCUCCGAGAGCGCGCCCGCCGCCGGGGACUCGCUCCGGUCCAACCUGUACUCGAUGUGGAGCGGCAGCGACCUGCCCUUCAUCAGGCUGCCGGAGAGCAGCGAGAUCAAGGACGACUCCGCGCUCGUCUGAGGCAAUCCAGCGGGACUCGGCGCCGACGUGGCCACGACUCCUCGGGGACCGUGCGUCUCGCCAACCUGUUGUUCUUACGUAUCUCGUCUGUUUCACGCUACUUAGAAAUGUGCUUACAAUUGUACACGGGAGGACCGCACGCGAGCACUCGGCGACGUCAAUUCUAUCGCCUGCCGCCACUUUGGACUGGAGUUACGAGAGCAACGAGUGUCAUCGAGAGACGAAUGAGAAAGAACUUGAGACAGAUUUACGUGUACAUAGGCAUAAAGAAUUUAAUGUCAUGGCAAUAUGUUUAUAUGUACAAUUUUAUCAUCCGUAUGGCACAGUAUACAUACACACAUAAACGUCAUAUAAAAAGAAAAGAAUUGAAAUAGUGAAUUUAGCUAAAAUAAAUUUAAGAGUGUUCCUUAGGUGUCAGCGUUAAUUCGAUUCGGCAAACUUAGGCUACGAUAUAGCACUGAGUCACACGUGCACGGCGCUCACUUUGAGACGGAAGCUGAAAUUGCAUUACAUAGACUUGCCGUAUGUAUAUACCUGUAGAUAUGGGAAGAAGGCUGCGCUGAGUACUCGAAAAUGCGGCGGGUCGCUCGCUGCCGCACGGCAGCGGGGCCAGGGCAGGCAGGAAGGGAAGAAGCGAGAGACAGCUGGCACAUCCGUACGACACUCGUGAUCGGUCAUUCCCUCGACAGAACGUGACUAGAAAGAGCUCUUUGCCGGUCGUAGGGACAGAGGAGGAGACGGAGGCUGG